AGAAGACAACCAACGAGAACAGUGAGUUACAGUUACAUGGAGAUUUCAGCGGGCGUGCCAUCCCGUGACCAAACAAUGGCAACAAUGGCAACAAUGGCAUCUGGAGGAGACCCGCUGCGAUGGCCGCCCCUGGGUAUCUGGAAGGAGUUGGAGCGAGACCAUCUGCAGCUGGAGGAGAUAGAGGAGAUAGUCUGGUCAGCCACCAAGAAGGACACGAGGGCAAGAGGAGGUCCUACAAACCCUCCGCAACGGAAGGACACGAGGGCAAGAGGAGGUCCUACAAACCCUCCGCAACGGAAGGUACUGGUGGCUUGGGGACCGAGCUCCCGACCCCUGCAGCAGAGGGUGAGGGAGGCAUGGGGGUCGACCUCCAUAACCCAGCAGAAGACCAGCCCGGUCGAGAAGUUUAGGCAGGCUGCAACACUGCCCUGCCCGACCCAGAAGCAGAAGAGGGAGGCAGCAACACUGCCCUGCCCGACCCAGAAGCAGAGGAGGGAGGCUGCAACACUGCCCUGCCAGACCCAGAAGCAGAAGAGGGAGGCAGCAACACUGCCCUGCCAGACCCUCCUUGCUCCUGCAAGCUGCCCGACCCUGCAGAGGGAGGCGCCUGCAAGCUGCCCGGCCCAGAAGCAGAGGAGGGAGGCACCGGCUCCGCCCUGCCCAAUCCUGCAGGACAGGAGGGAUGCACCUUCACCACCGGCCCCCCCAGCCCUGCAGAGGAUGGAGGCAGCAGCAGCAGCAGCCCCAACCUCCCCUGCCCCUCGAAGCAUAUGUGGCGCCCCCCUCUGGGCUCAGACCACCCUGCAUGCUCUGGAGAAAGACCAGCUCAUGAACGUGGUCAGAGAGGCCGAGAGGAAGCUGAAGGCGGAGAAGAAGAGAGAACAAGCCACAAAGGAUCAUGCUGUCGCAAGAACAGCAGCAGCACCAAGCUCCCCGGCCCCACAGAGGAGUUACGUUGCAGCACCACCAAGCUUCCCGGCCCCACUGAGGAUGGAGGCAGCAGCACCACCACCCUCCCCGUCCCUGGAGGAGAGUAACAUUGCAGCCCCAACCUCCCCGGCCCCACAGGAGAAAAACAUGAAAGGAGCUCCGUCCUACCCAGCCGUGCAGGCUAGGAAGGAGGCAGCAGCAGCAGCACCCUGCCCGGCCCCACAGAGGAUGGAGGCAGCAGCAGCAGCAACCUGCAUUACAGCAGCAGCACCAAGCUCCCCGGCCCCACGAAGCGUAUGUGGCGCCCCCCUCUGGGCUCAGACCACCCUGCAUGCUCUGGAGAAGGACCAGCUCAUGAACGUGGUCAGAGAGGCCGAGAGGAAGCUGAAGGCGGAUAAGGAGAGAGAACAAGCCACAAAGGAUCAGGCAGUAGCAAGAGCAGCAGCAGCAGUAGCCCCAACCUGCCUGGCCCCACAGAAGAUGGAGGCAGCAGCAGCAGCAGCUCCAACCUCCUCGACCCCACAGAGGAUUGUAGCAGCAGCAACCAGCCUGGCCCCACAGGAGAGUUACGUUGCAGCACCACCAACCUGCCCGGCCCCACUGGAGAGGAGGGAGACACCUGCACCUCCCUGCAUUAAAGGAGCACCUCCCUGCAUUAAAGGAGCACCUCCCUCCCCAGCCCCACAGAGGAGGAGGGCAGCAGGAUAUACUCCCUUCAGGGUCAACGCGCAGUGCAUGAGGACAGUUCUCCAGCAGGAGAGGGCAAGAUUCCAGAAGCUCCUGCUAAGAGAGAGAACCAUUUUCAAGGAGCUGAUGAGGGAGGAGAGGGAAACCCUGCUGCAGCUCUUCAAGGAGGAGCGCGCCCAGCUCCUAGAGCAGAGGAAGCAGAAGGAGGAGAAGAGGGAGGAGAAGAAGGAGGAGAAGAGGGAGGAGAAGAAGGAGGAGAAGAGGGAGGAGAAGAAGGAGGAGAAGAGGGAGGAGAAGAAGGAGGAGAAGAGGGAGGAGAGGAUGGAGGAGAAGAGGGAGGAGAGGAUGGAGGCAACAGCAGCCUCAACCUCCAUGGAGAAGAUGGAAGCAGCAGCAUCCCUAACCUGCAUUAAAGGAGCACCUCCCUGCAUUAAAGGAGCACCACUCUGCAUUAAAGGAGCACCUCCCUGCAUUAAAGGAGCACCUUCCUGCAUUAAAGGAGCACCUCCCUGCAUUAAAGGAGCACCUCCCUGCAUUAAAGGAGCACCACUCUGCAUUAAAGGAGCACCUCCCUGCCCGGCCUCACAGGAGAGGAGGGAGACACCUGCACCUCCCUGCAUUAGAGGAGCAACUCCCUCCCCGGCCCCACAGAGGAUGGAGGCAGCAGCAGCCCCGAGCUCCCCGGCCCUGCAGGAGAGUAACAUUGCAGCCCCAACCUGCCUGGUGCCACACAGGAUGGAGACAGCAGCAGUAGCACCAACCUCCCCAGCCCUGCAGAGCAUGGAGGCAGCAGCAGCACCCUGCCUGGUGCCACACAGGAUGGAGACAGCAGCAGCACCCGGCCUGGUGCCCCACAGGGUGGAGACAGCAGCAGCACUAACCUCCCUCGUGCCACACAGGGUGGAGACACCAACAGCAGCUCCAACCUGCAUUAAAGCAGCAGUAGCCCCAACCUGCCCGGCCCCACAGGGGAUGGAGGCAGCAGCAGCAGCAGCAGCAGCCCCAACCUGCCUGGUGCCACAGAGCAUGGAGGCAGCAGCAGCAGCACCAACCUGCCCGGCCCUGCAGAGCAUGGAGGCAGCAGCAGCAGCACCAACCUGCCCGGCCCUGCAGAGCAUGGAGGCAGCAGCAGCAGUAGCCCCAACCUGCCUGGUGCCACAGAGCAUGGAGGCAGCAGCAGCAGCAACCUGCAUUAUAGCAGCAGCAACCAGCCUGGCCCCACAGGAGAAACAAUUGAAAGGAGCACCGCCCUACCCAGCCGUGCAGGGCAGGAUGGAGGCAGCACCACCAACCUUCCCGGCCCCACAGAAGAUGGAGGCAGCAGCAGCCCCAAGCUCCCCGGCCCCUCGAAGCAUAUGUGGCGCCCCCCUCUGGGCUCAGACCACCCUGCAUGCUCUGGAGAAAGACCAGCUCCUGAACGUGGUCAGAGAGGCCGAGAGGAAGCUGAAAGCGGAGAAGGAGAGAGAACACAGAGACUGA